CACCCCAUUACCGCUGCCCUGCCUCAUCAUCCAUCCACAUCUUGACCUCAUCUUUUUGAUAGAGACAGCUCAUUCGUUACUCAAAAAUCUCUCAAUCUUACCCAGAAAACCAUUGUCAACAUGGCCAUCACUCACGCUCAAGGAUAUGCUGUCCACAAGCCCUCAAAGGACGAUUAUAAAUUCGAGCUCACCAAAUACGAGCUCGAGCCACUGACUUCUGACCGUAUCACCGUCGCUGUCGAGUGUUGUGGAGUCUGUGGAUCGGACACUCACACCAUCACUGGCGGAUGGGGACCGUUCGAGACUAAAUUUGUCGUUUCCGGGCACGAAGUCGUCGGCAAAGUCGUCGAAGUCGGAGACAAGGUCACUGAAUUCAAAGUCGGCGACCGAGUUGGAGUCGGUGCUCAGGUCUCCAGCUGUAAAGAAUGUAAAGCUUGCAAGAAUGACAACGAGACCUACUGCAUGGGUCACAUCACCCACGGAUACAACACCCACUGGGCCGAGGGAGAUGAGCACCAGGGAGGAUACUCUACCUACAUUCGAGCACAAGAGGGUUUCGUAUUCAAGAUUCCCGAGGCUCUCUCUUCCAACGAUGCUGCGUCCAUGCUCUGUGGAGGUCUGACCGUCUUCUCGCCUUUGGUCCGAAACGGUGCUGGACCCGGCAAGAAGGUUGGAAUCGUCGGUCUCGGAGGACUUGGCCACUAUGGUGUCCUCUUUGGAGCCGCGCUCGGAGCCGAAGUCACCGUCUUUUCUCGAUCCGAUGCGAAGAAGGAAGACGCCUUGAGACUCGGAGCAAAGCGAUUCGUUGCUACUCAAAACAAGGGCUUCGAGAAGGAUCUCCAGCAAGAAUUUGACGUCAUCAUCAGUACCGCAUCCGCCAGCUCGUUGCCAUUGGAUGAACUCUUGUCGACCUUGAAGAUUGAGAAGAAAUUCAUCAUGGUCGGCAUGCCCGAAGAUGGUCUCAAGAUCACCCCUCAGACUUUGAGUGGCAAUGCUGCUGCUCUCGCUUCGUCCCACCUUGGAAAUAGCAGGGAAAUGCGACAGAUGCUCGAGCUGGCAGCUGAGAAGGGUCUCAAACCCAUGAUCGAGGUCAUCCCAAUGAAGGAUGUUGCUCAGGCUCACAAGAAGAUCCAGGACAGUUCAGUUCGAUACAGGACCGUCUUGACCCAGGACAUCGAGCAACAGUGAUGCGUUUUCAGUCAUUCUUUCCAGUCAAAAGUCAUCAGUUGCAAUCGAGAGUCGAGAGUGAUACAAAUCAAGCGUGUAAA